AUAAGAAAAAAGAAAAAGAAAAAAAGUAACGAGUCUUCAUCCUUUAGGCAAAUUCUUCAACAAGGGAAAGAAAAGAAAGCCAAGGUAACAAACACAAAAGAGGGGAAUGGAAUUAGUAAUAUACAGAGAAAGCAAUAAGGCCUAACCAGUAGUACAAAGCAAGAACAAGCAGAAGAAAAAAAAAUAAAAUAAUUAAAAAAAACUAAAAAAAUUAAAGGGGUGCACGGUUCAGAUUCCACCAUUCCGUGUAUCCUCUCACCGUCUCACCUCACCGCGGAUCCACCGUAGAAGGAGGAUACCAUCACUCACCAGAUCUCUCUCUCUCUUAAGCAUAGCUUUUCAUCUUUCAAUUCUCUUGUGGAUCCUCUCUUUUCAUUAUCAAAUUCUCGCACCAUGAACGAUUUCGAUGGUCUCUUAGCAACCGAUUUCGGGCUCAAACCCCAAGGGAAAUCGGCGCCAAUGGCAGCUUCCAAGGGAUCUUCAAAUUCCCUCAACUUCGAUUUAGGUUCCCGAUCCACUCGUUCUUCUAAUUCCUUCACUGCCGAUUCCGCUAAUCAGAAGAAUCCAAACCAAAACGCUGGUGGCUUUGACGAUCUGUUCGGUGGCUCCGUCAAAUCGGAGAAUCGUGGACUCGAUGCUCCCUUCGAUUUGGACUCCAUGUAUCGGGGUUCCAGUGAUUUUGGUUCCAAAUCCGUGAAUUUGCCUGUGUACGACAAACCGGUCUACGACGACGACAUAUUUGACGGCGUCCCGGGCCUAAAGAGCUCCUCUAAGGUCACAUACGAUGGCGUUUUCGCUUCGGGAGGGAGCUCCGGUGGUGCGUUUGAUGAUCUUCUGGGCGGGUUCGGUAAAUCGAAGAGAUCGGAAAAGGAUGAGAAAGUUGCCACUGAUUUUGAUGAUUUGAUCCCUGGAUUCGGGAGCGCUAAGCCUUCCAGUGAUAGGCCCACUCCUGAUAUUGGUGUGUCAUCAGAACCUACUGUCAGUGCAUCUAAAACAUCCUCCAUUGCAACAGAAGACCCUUUCAAUGUAUUUGAAUCAGCUUCCACCCCAGUGGAUUCAUCCUCAGGUCACUUUAAAGACCCGUUGGAAGAAAUUAGUAAAUUUACUAGUUCUAGAAGCACAAAAAAUGAUAGUUCGUCAAAUUCUAAUGGUGGAUUAUAUGAUGAUAUUGAUCCCUUCGAUGGACUUGGAAAAUCUGUUCCAGCAUUCUCAUCAGAGAGAAAUAGCAGGAAGGGUAGCAGUUCCCCGACUCCAAUGUCAAACUCAAGUUCAAGUUGGACCGGAGAUAAAGAAUCAAUUGAGAAAUCGUCUGUGAGGAGUCCUGAGAGACACUCACAAAACAAGAUUCCUGUUGAACAUGAUCAGGAGUUUCAUCGAGCUCCAUUUGACAUGCCUACAUAUUCAUCUGAAUCUAAUAAACCAGUUGGUCAAAGGUCUACUUCCCCUUCAUAUGAUAAUGAUGGUUUUAGACAGGCCAAUACUAAGGGGGAUAUGUCUCCGAGAUUUGAAGAAAAGAUGGAAUCAAAUGAUGAUAUAUGGCUGACGGUAUCAGAGAUUCCUCUUUUUACACAACCAACUGCUGCUCCACCACCUUCAAGACCGCCUCCUCCCCGACCAGUACAUAUCCCCAAGUCAGGAACAGCUUCAUCUGCUUUUGCCAAUGCCAGAAAGAAGGAUAAUGAAUUUUCUUCUUUCCCAAGUUCUACUCGAUUUUCUCAGGGUCCUAAAUCUGCUCCUGCAGCAGCCAAGUUAUCUCCUGCAACUCAGUUUGAUGAACUAGAAGAUUUCGCUAUGGGAAGGAGUCGUGGCAAUGAUGAUGAACAUGGAAGUGGUCUUCUUGACGAAGAAUUAGAGAUGAACUCAGCUGCUGCAGCUAUGAAGGAGGCUAUGGAUAGAGCUGAAGCUAAAUUUAGGCAGGCAAAGGAAGUUAGGGAGAGAGAAAGUACAAAAGCUGCUAGAAGCAAAGAACCUGUGCAAUUGGAAAAAGAUGACAUAGCUGUGCCAGAGGAGAGAGAAAAACAGGAAAGGUUAGACCAUGAGCGGCAGCAAAAGGAGUGGGAGGAAAAGGAGCAAAGAAGACUUGAGAGGGAAAGGGAGGAGAAAGAAAGAGAGCGACAGAGACUUGAGAGGGAAAGAGAAAGGGCAAGACAGGCAGUAGAAAGAGCUACUAGAGAAGCACGUGAAAGAGCAGCUGCUGAAGCUCGACAAAGAGCUGAGAGGGCUGCUGUUGGGAAAGCUAAUGCUGAAGCUAGAGAACGUGCUGAGAGAGCUGCAGUUCAGAGGGCACAAGCUGAAGCCCGUGAAAGGGCUGCUGCUGAGGCAAAGGAAAGGGCUGAAAAGGCUGCUGCAGAGGCAAAGGAGAGGGAAGCGCGGGAAAAAACUGCAGCUGCAAAAGCUGAAGCUGAAGUGCGAGUUAAGGCAGAACGUGCUGCUGUAGAAAGGGCUGCCGCAGAGGCCCGAGAAAGAGCAGCUGCGGAGGCUCGAGAAAGGGCUGCCGCCGCUGCAAGGAUGAACCAACAAAAGAAUGAAAAUGAUCUUGAAUCAUUCUUCAGCAUGGGUGCACGAGCCAACAGUGCUCCAAGGCCUCCUAGGCCUAGCUCUUCAGACUCUGUAUUUGAUGCCCAAUUUCAGCCAGAUGCAACCCGGAAAUCUACGGGUGUAUCUUCAAACAUUAAGAAAGCAUCAUCAUCCACUAAUAUUGUUGAUGAUCUUUCCUCAAUUUUUGGAGCUGCUCCAUCAUCUGGAGAAUUUCAAGAAGUUGAAGGGGAAAGUGAAGAAAGACGAAGAGCUAGGUUGGAACGCCAACAGAGGGCUCAUGAGCGUGCGGCAAAAGCAUUGGCUGAGAAGAAUCAACGAGACCUACAAACUCAAAGAGAGCAAGCUGAGAGACAUAGGCUUGGUGAAACACUGGAUUUUGAAAUUAAGCGCUGGUCUGCAGGAAAAGAGGGGAACUUGCGUGCUUUACUCUCCACCUUACAAUAUGUGUUGUGGCCUGAAUGUGGUUGGCAGCCGGUUUCGUUGACUGAUUUGAUUACAGGCGCAGCUGUUAAAAAGGCUUACAGGAAAGCUACAUUGUGCAUUCAUCCUGAUAAAGUGCAACAGAAGGGUGCCACUCUUCAGCAGAAAUACAUUGCAGAGAAGGUGUUUGAUCUACUCAAGGAAGCAUGGAAUAAGUUCAAUUCAGAGGAGCUUUUCUAAUCUCUGAUGAACUUAGCUUCUUCAAGGUAGUUUGCUCCACCCAUUCUGUUGAGAUGAAGGGGACCCCGCGACCCUGUUUCGGCUGCUCCCCCACUGCAUAUUUGUUUUGAUUCAAAGUUAUAUUGCAUCAAUGGUAAAAAAAAAUUGAUUUCCUUUUGUGGCGUUAGGAUGCCCAAAGUUUACACCGGCGAGCAAUCUUUGAUGUGAUUGAUGUUAUUCCAGGGGGUGGUUGGGUUCUAUACAAAUGCUUAUGAAUGUAGCAUGUUUUGUUGUAAAAUAUCUUUGUGGGCAUCUCUGUCAAUUUAAUUCAUUAUUUCUGUCGAGUGUAAGAGGUCAUGGGCGGUCUUUUUUUUUUUUUUGGUUUUGUUUAUUGUUUUUUCAAUUUUAUUACUUGUGAUAUAGUAUAAUCCCCUGAAUGUAUAUCACACCAUCUUGUGAAUUGACAGAUGAAAUUUUUCC